UAUAUGUAUAUAAUAUUCAGUGCAAUAUUGUAUAAUACAAAUAAGGGAUUAUACUGAACGAAUUGCUCAAUUUCUGGUGAUAUAAAUAAAAAAAAAUAACUAAUCACUGUUUCUCAAUAUUGAUUUAUGAUUAACUGUCUGGAUAAAUUGUAACAACUUAAACGUGAUUUACCAAUUCUGUGAUAAUAAGCUGUCUGUUUUAAUAUAUAAAUAAUAAAAUUAAACAUUUGUAUAAAAUGGGUAACACUAUAAACAUGGAAGAGAAUUUUAGGAAAAACCAGGAUUUUAUUACUGAAAUGAACACUAUCAAAAUAGAGAGACAAUUGCAAAUGAGAAAUCAGAUGAGGGAGAGGGAAGUUGCAUUAGAAAUAGCUAAAAAUCGAGAACUGUUUUAUUGGUAUGGAUCUUUCUAUUUAACAAGUAUUGCUUGGGUAACGUCAAAUUUAAGGCACUUUAAAAGGAAGUCCUUUGCUAUUUCCUCGUUAAUACCUCUUACUUUUAUUAUGGCUUAUCAAGCAGAUUUAGCAUAUGGUAAUAAAUUACAUCGAAUUUUAGUUGAAGCUGAACAUAUUAUGCAGUUUGAAGAAGAUUUGUUGAAUCUUCCAUUAGGAGUUCCCACCGCAGCUUCAGUAGAUUUGAAGAGACUGCAAAACGAUGAACAGAAAAAAUUACACCCACUGUUGCCUCAAAAAUAAAUAAUGCACAAUAAUAAAAAAUUGCAUAGUGGAUAGGCUUUACCUAUCUCCCUUGUUCUAAUAAUUACUCUGUUUUAUAUAUGUACAUACGGUAAAAUAAAAAGUAAAGGAAUAUUAAACAGAUUUAGUCAUUAAUAUUUCCAUAAAAAUAAAAUAAAAUAUUGAUGAUUAUCUAUUUUUAACUUUUAAUAACCUUUACUUUUUAGUGUGAACUAGGAAAUAAUGUUUUUGAUAAAUAAUCAAUUUUUAUCUGGUUACAAGAAUUUAUAAAUACAAUUUUACUAUAAAGCUCAAUUAAGUCUUCAUAGAUACAGAUAAAUGCACUUACGAAGACCUUUAGAAAUAUUUAAAUACAACAAUAAUUAUAUGUAAACGUCUUAAAUUCUUUUUAUAUUUGAAAAAUAAUAUACAUAAAAAUUCGUUCAUAUAUAUUAUAUAUAUUUGAAAAUGUUUGAUAUUGAUAUAUUAGUGAUAUGGGAUUACAUUUGUACCAAUAUCACAUAACUUUAAUCCUUGUUAAAUCUGGUAAAAUUUAUAAAUCUAGUUAAUAUUAAAUUUUCUUCCUGUUUCAAGAAUAUUAUCUAAAUAAAUACACAUCCCAAUAAAUGUGGUCCAGGUAAACACGAGUUACAAUUGAAAGUAUUAGUGAAUAAAUUUAUUUAUUUUGGUAUAUAAACAUUAUGAUUUUAAUGAAACUACAGUUUCAUGGUAAAUUUUAAAUAAUUCACUGACCUCUUCAAUUGUUGAUGGUAAUUACAUUCUCAAGUCACAUUAGCUGGAUAUUCCUCAAAAUACAAUAUUAUUAUCUAUAUAUAGGGUGUCAAACACUGAAAAUUAUUGUUGCUGGUCAAAUUAAUUUAAUUUGUUGUGUAUUUUAUAUUUUUAUUACAUUAAACUCGAAUAUUUGAAAGCACAAUAUUUUUGUUUUAGUUAUGGUAUAAUUAUGCGAAAAAGAAAAAACAAUGACAUUUUGAAAUCACCAUUUGAAGCUGUUGCUCCACUAAUCUAAUAAAUGCUGUGUUAAGUCAAAACUGACUAAAAUAUCAUUGUUUUUAACUUAAUGGUAAGGAGAUUUACAUAUUUUUAAUUUAAAAUAAUAUAACAGCACUGAUAUAAAUUAUGUUAUGUCAAAAUAUAAAUAAAUUUUUAUUUCGUGUUA